AUGGACAUGCGCGCCGGCAAGCGUUGGCAGGAGCGGCGCUGGAAUCUUUGGGCCAGCGCCCUCGCGCUCAACAUGGCAUCGGGAGGUGUGUACGACUACAGUGCCUACAGCCCGGCGGUAAAAGAGACGUUCGAGCUAACACUGCGCGAGGCAGACCUGGUGAUGAACUUUGCGUUCUUCUUCUACGCAGCCACCUCCUUCGGCUAUGGCGUGUGCAACUACAAGCUGGGUCCGAAGCUCGGGCCACGUCUGGGCUGCUGCGUCAUGCUCUGCUGCUACACUCUGGUGGUGGUCAAUCUGUAUCGGCCGCUCUUGCCAGGCCAAGGAGGAUGGGGUAUAAGAGCUUGUUUCGCGAUGCUCAUGGAUAAUUAG